GGCGGAGCUAGAUUGAUUGCCAAGUCUGUGGAUCACCUUCAAAAGCGGACCGGGCCAGCAGCAUGUCUGUCAGUUUGGCCUUCGCGAGUUCUCGAUCACUGGGCGGCUGAGCUCUCUCAUCGUCCACGCAGUUGUCCUCAGAUUGGGUCUGCCAAUCCGAAAUUGACCCACAGGUCCUCAUAAGAGAAAACAGGGAAAGAGUAGGAGAUCCGUGGGAUUUGCUUGAAACAUCCGGAUGAGCUUGAGCUCGAGGCAGUUGAACAGCACGCCGUCGAUGGUUCUUAUCACUCUUCAGUCAGACAUUUUCAUCAUCCAUCCACUCAGUACUCUUUAACUCUGCUUGGAAUUCCAGCGAACACGUCAUGCCUCCCAUUUCAAUCCUCAAAAUGGAGCAGUCGGGCACUGCUGACGGCUCAAAGCGAGCUGCGCGAAGCUUGAUCCCAUUGCCAAGCUCAUUGUCUUCUCCAAAGACUGUGAGGCAAAGCCCUCUGAUUCUGCUGUCCAUUGUGAUGAUCGCGUUCGCCCUGCUACCCUUGAUGGACCAUCUCAACAUGGGCAGCAAUCCGAGGAUCGAAAUGGCCCGAUCGUUGAGGUCACAAGCAGAACAGGCCUGGCUGAACCGCGGCAACUCAACUUGGGAUCCCUCAAAGUACUGGGACGUCGAGACGCCAAUCUUGAUAGGAACAAGAGAGCCAUCGACCGGACUCGAAUUCAGCAUGGACCGGCUCGAAAAGGGAGCAUUACUCUACGGCUGGCUGCACAUUGCUCCUGCUAUCGUCUGGAGCAUCGCAAUCCCUGCCCAGCACUCCAUCCGGCUGCGAUCAGCGUAUCCUGCCGUGCACAAAUGGCUUGGUAGAGCUACGCUCGUCUCUGCGUGCCUUUUGACCUACUCUGGCGUCUCCUUCCCCUUUCACGAUCUCAGCUAUUCUGCCGACUUGCUGGCCACACACCGUUGGGGCUACCUCGUGUGGCCUUCCUUUAACCUCGUUGUCCUUCUCGCCGGUCUCUUUUGGCCGCCUACCGUGUUGAUGACUUACUUGACGGCGCGCAAGAAGGACUGGAAAGCUCACAGAGCCUGGGCUACUCUGCACACAUUCAUAGGGAGCGUCAUUCCCAUGCAGGUGAGGCCUGAGCCGGUUCGCUCGAUCUGAGGGACCACCCAAGGCGCUCCAAGGUGUGAGAAGCCAGCGCAGAUCCGACACUGAUGACUUUUGGUGCACAUUUCACCAGCGUGUCAUGAUGAUCGUUCUCUUCACGUUUGCAGGUAUCGCCGCCAAUUUUCCGACUGUACACAAAGCCUUUGGACUGCCAGACGAGCUCAACAAGGAGGCUUUCGAAUUCGAAAGAGGCGUCUUCGCUCUCACCACAUGGGCCGCUCUGCCCGCUGUCGCAGCUUGGGCCUGGCAGGUGUACAAGAGGCAGGAAAAGACUGCGACCGCGGAGUCGAAGAACUACUGAACGUUUCGAAGAUGACGCUUUUGCACCGCACAUUUGCAUGACACUUACGACUGACAAUCUUGAAUGCUGAAUCCGUG